AUGGAGGUGUUUGAUGACUCCAAUCUGGUAUUGAAACAGAUUCAAGGUGAGUGGAAGACUAGAGAUGCGAAGCUUAGGCCUUACCACGCAUAUUUGGAGCUACUAGUUAGGAUAUUUGAUGAUUUGAGAUACACACAUUUGCCUAGAGUGCAAAACCAGUUUGUGGAUGCCUUAGCUAUUCUAGCUUUCAUGAUCGAUAUUCCUGUUGAUGCCACUAUUCGUCCUUUAUUGAUCGAGUUGAGAUCUACUCCUAUCUAUUGUUGUCUGAUCGACGAUAUAGAGCCAGAUGACGGUUUUCCAUGGUACCAUGACAUAUAUCACUUUUUGAGACUUGGCAUAUAUCUUGAGGCUGUCACGGCCAAGGAUAAGAGAGCAUUAAGACAGUUGGCCGCCUGA